UGUUCGCGGAAUAUUGAAUCGAUAGAUUUGGCGAACUUACCCUAACCCUACAUCUGCAUCUCUUCCGCAAUCAAGAUUUCAUCGCUGUACCUCCUCUACCCUAAUUCUGUUCGUUAACCCUAAACCCAGCGACUAUGCCCGGUGAUUCGAUUGAACCAACGCGCCGCAAGCACCGCCGAUCCUCCUCCCCCGACGACGCGGAGGAGCAAUCCAAACGCCGCAAACAUCGCCAUCAUCACCGCCACCGCCACCGGAGUAGCAAAGAAAAAGCAGAAACGACCAAGCUGGAAGAAUUGGAUGGUGAUAGAAUCGAUGAUACCGAGGUUGAAUUAAUGAAAUUGGAAAGCACUACGGAGAACGGUGUAGGUUCUUUGAGCGAAGUUCCGGUGAAGCGUAAUGAUUUUUCUGGGUUUGAUUAUGAGAUGGAGGAAGGCGAGAUUGUGGAGGAUGAUGGUUUGGUUGAUUUUGUUAAUGAUGAUUCUGACAAGUUCAAAAAGGAUGUUGGGUUUGGGGAUAUUAAGAAGAAUCCACAGUCUGAUGUUGAGUUUCGGGAAAUUAAGAAGAACGGAUGUGAUGAUUUUAACAUGGUUCUUUCGGUAUCUGUUGCAUAUGUUUGUUUCAUGAAUAUGGUUUUUGUGUUUUCUUAUAACGUCGUCUUUCAAUUUGUAUAUGAAAUUUUCCACAUUGCCAAGUGUUACCAGAGGAGAGGAAACAUCGGAGUGGAUCUGACGAUGAACGGACUGUUAGAGAUGCCAACUUACAGACCCAGCUGCAGGGACAUAAAGGAUAAAGAACGGGAGCUAGUGGAUACAGAGGGAGAAUCUUCAGCACAAGUGAUAUCUGCUGAAGUUCUACCGGAAAACUCUGACAAUCAGGCCGAAGGAGCAGAUGAUUAUGUUCCUGAACCGUCCUUUGCUGUGGGGAAAUCGCCUUCACAAAAUGGUCUUUCAACUGUUGAAAUGGCCACUGGAACUGGUGGGCUAGGAGAGGGUACCCCCAAGAGCGAGAGAUCCAAUGAUAUGUUCUGUGAUGAUAUUUUUGGAGAAUCACCUGCCGGAGCUCGUAAAGCGGGUAAAGGGGAUGGUGUAGCUGCUGAAAAGAGUGGACUUAAUGACAAUUGGGAUGACGCUGAAGGUUACUAUGGCUACCGUUUUGGGGAAGUACUUGAUGGCCGUUAUGAGAUAAUAGCUGCCCACGGAAAAGGUGUAUUUUCAACUGUUGUUCGAGCAAAGGAUCUAAAGGCAAAAUCUGAUGAUGCUGAAGAAGUAGCAAUCAAAAUCAUACGUAACAAUGAAACAAUGUAUAAGGCAGGUAUGGAAGAGUUGGUCAUUCUAAAGAAGUUAGUCGGUGCUGACCCUGAGAGAAAGCGCCAUUGUGUUCGUUUUCUUUCUACCUUCAAGUACAGGAACCAUCUAUGCUUAGUUUUUGAAUCUCUUCAUAUGAAUUUACGUGAAGUUCUGAAGAAAUUUGGUCGUAAUAUUGGCCUGAAGCUUACAGCUGUGAGGGCAUAUGCUAAGCAACUAUUCAUAGCAUUGAAACACCUGAAAAAUUGUGGUGUUCUUCAUUGUGAUAUCAAACCAGAUAAUAUGCUGGUGAAUGAUGCAAAAAAUGUGUUGAAGCUUUGCGACUUCGGUAAUGCCAUGUUUGCUGGUAAAAAUGAAAUCACACCAUAUCUUGUUAGCCGUUUUUAUCGUGCCCCUGAGAUAAUUCUAGGACUAUCAUAUGACCAUCCUAUGGAUAUUUGGUCAGUUGGUUGCUGUUUGUUUGAGCUUUACACCGGGAAGGUCCUAUUUCCUGGUGCUACUAACAAUGACAUGCUUCGUCUUCACAUGGAACUGAAAGGUCCUUUCCCGAAAAAGAUGCUGCGUAAGGGAGCAUUUACUGAUCAGCACUUUGACCAGGAUCUAAAUUUUCUUGCAACAGAUGAGGAUCCAGUCUCCAAAAAGCCGAUAAGGAGGUUGAUUGUGAAUAUCAAGCCAAAAGACUUUAGCACAUUAAUUUCAGGAUCCCCGGGCGACGAUCCAAAAAUGGUUGCUAAUUUUAGAGAUCUUAUGGAAAAGAUAUUUGUCUUGGAUCCAGAUAAGAGGAUGAAUGUAUCACAGGCCUUGAGCCAUCCUUUCAUCACGGGCAAGUGAACCAUGAUGAUGAUUUCUGACUACAGAACUGCUGUUGCAUUAGAUACUCAUGCAUUUGGUCUCGUCUCAAUACUGAAUUAUCUAAUUGGACAUUUAUCUGUCUUUGUCUUCUGUCUGGGAGCGAGAGUUCAGGAGACAUUGAAUGGGGCAUGGUUGGAGUUCUUUGAGAUGAUCUUGGGGAAGGCAGUUAUGGAGUUCUAUCCAUGGAUUGUUUUCUGUUUCUAUUGACCCUUCAUAUGCUAUGAGGAAACUGUUCAAUGGUUUAGAUGAUUAAAGGCAUUCUGGAGAAGGACUGUAUGCCCUGAAGAUGUUUGGAUACUGCUCUGGAGCAUGAAAUAACUCAUGUUGAGCAUCCCUUCACACUGGUAAGUGAUUAUGUGUUGCCUAUUGUCUUCAGUCUCUUUCUUUUUUAGCUGCUAAUCAGGUUUCUGAUGCUAAGACGUCCUUGGCAUCAUGUUCAUCUAUUUAUUCGAUUUCAUUCAAAUGACUGCCCAAUUCGUUUCCAUUUUUUUGAUUGACAAACCCUGUGUCACCUUCAUUAGGCUCAUUUGAUCUAGAAUCAAUUAUGUCUCUGUCUUUUAAGUUACUGUUACUUGUGGCAAGCUUAUAAUCAAUAUUCUCGUCUCAUUGAUAUUUUGUUGGGGAUUCUUCUUCAACUAUAAUGUUUCUGCGUUCGUUGAAAAUAUGAUGCAAACGUGUACCUGUGAAGAGCAACGAUGCUAAGCUGGUUUCAUAAAGCAUAAAUACCUUAGGAAUUGUGUACUUGACUAAACUUCCCAAUCUCCGAAAUUCAAUUUUGAUUGCCGGAGACUCACAAGUAGUGAUGCAUUAUCUUGUUUCAUUUGUCCAUGAGCAAAUGUAUAGAGACUAAAUCUGUGAUUGAUGUGUUCUUGGUCUUAUUUCUCCUUCA